AAAAGGGAUGGUGCAAGAGAGUGGAAAGAGGAAGAAACCAAACAUUCUGGUAACUGGGACACCUGGGACAGGAAAGACAACCUUGGCAACUGCUCUGGCAGAAGCCACCCUGCUCCGUCAUAUCAAUGUCGGAGAAUUGGUCAAAGAGAAGAACUUGCAUGAUGGUUGGGAUGAUGAACUUGACUGUUAUGUUCUUAAUGAAGACUUGGUCUGUGAUGAACUUGAGGAUGUUAUAAAAGAGGAGGGAAACAUUGUGGACUAUCAUGGCUGUGAUUUCUUUCCUGAGAGAUGGUUUGAUUAUGUGGUGGUACUUCAAACUGAUAACACCAUUUUGUAUGACCGUUUGAGCAGGAGAGGGUAUAAAGAUUCAAAGAUUUCCAACAAUAUUGAAUGUGAAAUAUUUCAAGUUUUGCUUCAGGAGGCUAAAGAAAGUUAUCCAGAAGACAUAGUGGUUGCAAUGACGAGUGAUACUAUUGAAGAUGUUGAUGGAAAUGUUGCAACUCUGACAGAUUGGGUCAGAAGUUGGCCACCGGCGUAGUCAUAACAAAAAACCUUUUACUUCUACAUGCUGUGUUGCUUGAUGAAAAAAUUGAGGAUUUCAAGAUAAUCUGCUACCUGGAUAUGUUGCUAAUUACCUCUUACAAAUUUAGGUGUGGCAUGUACUUUGAGAAGUUUGUUUUGUGGAUUUUAAAUUAGACACUAGUAUAAAACUUUUACCAUGAUUUUUUAUGCUGAAUGCAAUAGUUGAGGGACUUCAAAUCAAGUAGAAACAAGAUGAAAUUGCAAU